UUGUCUGACCAAGGUAACGUGGGCAGCAACCUGGGCCGCCUAUAAAGCGGGCGCGUGGUUGGGCUCGGAGUGCUGGCGGCGGCGGCAGGUGGCGCGGGCGGUUGCGGCGCGCGAUGGGGCUCCCGGCGCUGCUGGCCAGUGCUCUCUGCACCUUCGUGCUGCCGCUGCUGCUCUUCCUGGCGGCGAUCAAGCUCUGGGACCUGUACUGCGUGAGCAGCCGCGACCGCAGCUGCGCCCUCCCUUUGCCCCCCGGAACCAUGGGCUUUCCCUUCUUUGGGGAAACAUUGCAGAUGGUGCUACAGCGAAGGAAGUUCCUGCAGAUGAAGCGCAGGAAAUACGGCUUCAUCUACAAGACGCAUCUGUUUGGGCGGCCCACGGUGCGGGUGAUGGGUGCCGACAACGUGCGGCGCAUCUUGCUCGGGGAGCACCGGCUCGUGUCCGUCCACUGGCCCGCGUCGGUGCGCACCAUCCUGGGCUCCGGCUGCCUUUCCAACCUACACGACUCCUCGCACAAGCAGCGCAAGAAGGUAAUUAUGCAGGCCUUCAGUCGUGAGGCGCUCCAGUGCUACGUGCCGGUGAUCGCCGAAGAAGUGGGCAACUGCUUGGAGCAAUGGCUGAGCUGCGGCGAGCGGGGCCUCCUGGUCUACCCCCAGGUGAAGCGCCUAAUGUUCCGCAUCGCCAUGCGCAUUCUGCUGGGCUGCGAGUCCCGUCUGGCCAGCGGCGGGGACGCCGAGCAGCAGCUCGUGGAGGCCUUCGAGGAAAUGACCCGCAAUCUCUUCUCACUGCCCAUCGACGUGCCCUUCAGCGGGCUGUACCGGGGCAUGAAGGCGCGGAACCUCAUCCACGCGCGCAUCGAGGAGAACAUCCGCGCCAAGAUCUGCGGGCUGCGGGCGGCCGAGGCUGGCGCGGGCUACAAAGAUGCGCUGCAGCUGUUGAUCGAGCACUCGUGGGAGCGGGGAGAGAGGCUGGACAUGCAGGCACUAAAGCAGUCUUCCACCGAACUCCUCUUUGGAGGACACGAAACCACCGCCAGUGCAGCCACUUCUCUGAUCACUUACCUGGGGCUCUACCCUCAUGUUCUCCAGAAAGUGCGAGAGGAACUGAAGAGUAAGGAUUUACUUUGCAAGAGCAAUCAAGACAACAAGUUGGACAUAGAAACUUUGGAACAGCUUAAAUACAUUGGGUGUGUUAUUAAAGAGACCCUUCGACUGAAUCCCCCAGUUCCAGGGGGGUUUCGGGUUGCUCUUAAGACUUUUGAAUUAAAUGGAUACCAGAUUCCCAAGGGCUGGAAUGUUAUCUACAGUAUCUGUGAUACGCACGAUGUGGCAGACAUCUUCACCAACAAGGAGGAAUUUAAUCCUGACCGAUUUAUGCUGCCACACCCUGAGGAUGCAUCCAGGUUUAGCUUCAUUCCAUUCGGAGGAGGCCUUAGGAGCUGUGUAGGGAAGGAGUUUGCAAAAAUUCUUCUCAAAAUAUUUAUAGUGGAGCUGGCCAGGCAUUGUGACUGGAGGCUUCUCAAUGGACCUCCUACAAUGAAAACCUGUCCCACCGUGUACCCUGUGGACAAUCUCCCUGCAAGGUUCACCCGUUUCCAGGGGGAAAUCUGAUGGUGGGAAUGCCUAGGCCUCGGACUUAUUGGAAAUGUACCUAUGAGUUUUUACAUAGUGUCAUGUUGAUUCUAUUAUAUUUAAUUUCUAAAUGUAUAUUAUAAUAUUUAUGUGUCUCUACUACAGUACCACAGUCUUUAAAUAUUAAAAUAAUGAAUUUUGUAUAGUUUCCAAAUAAAGUAAAAUUUGAAGGUG